GGUAGACUUCUACCUGCUGCAACCGUCACUUUUACAAUUAAAUGCAAUGGAUUUAAAGGACUUCAAAUAAAGACCAAGCUGAAGUACAAACGAAUAAAAUGUUUAUAGAUUGCAUUCAGCGCCGUCGAGGGUUAUUUUUUAAAGUUUUCACGGAGAAGGUAACUGAAGAGGUGCAUGACUGAAAAAAAAAAAAAAAAUGGAUUGCCUUUUCCUUUUGCUGUGGACUUUACCUAUUCCAUUAGUCAGCAGCAGGUCAAUGACGUUUCUGUCAGCUUUGUGGUUUGGGAAUGUUAUGAAGACCUUGCAGAUCUGUUGUUCCUAUUCUGUAACCUCUGUAACAGCUACAUUCACGAGUGACACCAGUGGACUGAAUUAUGAUUACGUGUUUGUAACACCUGUAGAAGUAGACUCAGAGGGAGCUUACCUUUCCCAUGAUAUUGUGGGAAGCAGCAGAAAGAGGAGGUCAUUGCAGUAUCCAAAGGACUCGCUGCACUACAAGCUGUCAGCAUUAGGAAAAGAACUUCAUUUAGAUUUAAAGCCCUCCAAUGUGUUAGCAAAUGGGUUUGCUGUCCAGACACUUGGCAAAGACGGUGCAACCUCAUGGCAAGAGCCCACAGUUGAGGAUUGUUUUUAUCAGGGAUUUGUAAGAAAUCACAGCAGUUCGUCAGCUGCGAUAUCAACAUGUAAAGGCUUGUCAGGUUUGAUAAGGAUACAUGGUGGUGAGUUCUUCAUUUUGCCGCUACCACAGCGUCUGGCAGUGGAACACAACUACACCUCCCUUCCCGGGCAUCACCCACACGUGCUGUACAAGCGAUCGGCUGAGCAUACCAUCUUUCGCAGGCCAGCAGACAGCAGCUCCUACCAUGGUCACCAUUAUCUGCCCCACGACCACCUUCACAAGAGAGACUACCUGCACGGGAAGUACCAGAGACAGCACUUCUGUGGACGGCGCAAGAAAUACACUCCUAAGCCUCCUGCGGGACACCUCCACACAGUGCCCGAUGAGUACGAGCAGCAGAGCAGAGCCAAACGCUCUCCUCUCAACCCCCGCAAGCCAGCAGGGCUCAACGUGGAGACCCUGGUGGUGGCUGACCGGAAAAUGGUGGAAAAACACGGCAAAGAGAACGUUACGACAUACGUCCUCACAGUCAUGAACAUGGUUUCCAGUUUGUUCAAAGACGGCACCAUUGGAAAAGAUAUCAACAUUGUGGUGGUCAGUCUUCUUCUCCUGGAACAAGAUCCAGUGGGCUUGUCAAUAAGCCACCACGCAGACCUGUCCUUGAACAGCUUUUGCCAGUGGCAGUCUGGCCUGACUGGGAAGAAUGGGAAGCGUCAUGACCACGCAGUGCUGCUCACUGGACUGGAUAUCUGCUCCUGGAAAAAUGAACCUUGUGACACACUUGGUUUUGCGCCUAUAAGCGGGAUGUGCAGUAAAUAUCGUAGCUGCACUAUAAAUGAAGACACAGGGCUUGGCUUGGCUUUUACCAUUGCACAUGAAUCGGGGCACAAUUUCGGUAUGGUCCAUGAUGGUGAGGGGAACGCAUGUAAAAAAGCUGAAGGGAACAUAAUGUCCCCGACCUUGGCUGGAAACAACGGUGUCUUCUCUUGGUCUGCCUGUAGCCGCCAGUAUCUCAACAGGUUCCUCAGUACAGCUCAAGCUUCUUGUCUUGUUGAUGAACCGAAGCAAGUUGGACAGUAUAGAUAUCCGGACAAGCUACCAGGGCAACUGUAUGAUGCUGACACACAGUGCAAAUGGCAGUUUGGCUCAAAGGCAAAACUUUGCAAACUGGACUUUGUAAAGGAUAUCUGUAAGUCACUCUGGUGCCAUAGAACAGGCAACAGGUGUGAAACUAAGUUUAUGCCAGCAGCAGAAGGGACCAUCUGUGGACAAAACACGUGGUGUCGGAGAGGCCAGUGUGUGAAGUUCGGGGAUCAUGGGCCCAAAGCUGUCCACGGUCAGUGGUCCCAGUGGUCAGAGUGGUCUGAGUGUUCAAGAACCUGUGGAAGGGGAGUAACAUAUCGCGAGAGACACUGCAAUAGCCCAAAGCCACAGUAUGGCGGGGAGUUCUGCCAAGGCUCCACUCGCUUAUACCAGCUGUGUAAUAUCAAUGCCUGCCAGCCCAACAGCGUGGACUUCCGGGCACAGCAGUGUGCUGAAUAUAACAGCAAACCCUUCAGGGGCUGGUACUACAAAUGGAAACCCUACACAAAAGUAGAAGUGGAAGACAUUUGUAAACUAUAUUGCAUAGCAGAAGACUUUGAAUUCUUCUUUGCAAUGUCGAGCAAAGUUAAGGAUGGGACCUCCUGCUCUGAUCACAGGCAUGAUGUGUGCAUUGACGGGAUCUGUGAGCCAGUAGGAUGUGACCAGGUUCUGGGCUCAAAAGCUGCACUAGAUGCCUGUGGCAUGUGUAAGGGGGAGAACUCAACAUGCACAUUCUUCAAAGGGCAGUACCACCAGCAGCACAGAGUUAAUGAUUAUUAUUCAGUAGUCACAAUUCCAGCAGGAGUCCACAGCAUUCAAGUGCGUGAGAUGGAAAUCUCCACCAGUUAUCUGGCCGUCCGUAGCUUGAAGAAGAAAUACUAUCUGACAGGAGACUGGACAGUUGAUUGGCCGGGACAAUUCCCCUUUGCUGGAACCGUGUUUGACUAUCAACGCUCCUUUAACCGUCCAGAAAGCCUGUAUGCGGCCGGUCCGACUAAUGAGACGCUGGUCUUUGAAAUACUUCUGCAAGGCAAGAACCCUGGCAUCGCCUGGGAAUACACCUUACCCAAGAGCCUGAAUGACAGCAAGACCACUGCUACACAACACAACUACACCUGGGUGGCCGUCAGAUCAGAUUGCUCAGCCUCAUGCGCUGGAGGUCAAAUGUCAAUAAAGGCUGUUUGUCUACAAGACCAUUACACACAGGUCAACUCAUCCUUCUGCAAUCCACGCACUAGACCUACAAUCGGAACUAAUGUCUGCAACACUCAACCAUGCCCCGCUUUCUGGUCGGCAGGGGAAUGGAGCACGUGCAGCAAAUCCUGCGGACUGGGACAGCAGUCCCGUCAAAUCCAGUGUCUCCGGAAGGUGUCCUUCAAGCGGGAGGAGGUGGUAGCGCACUCUUUGUGUCCUGUGAUGACACCCGCCCAGGUACAGGCCUGCAACAACAAAGCAUGUCUGCCUGAGUGGAGUGCAGGAGCCUGGUCUGAGUGUUCUAAGACUUGUGGGAGAGGUCUGAAGAAGCGAGAUGUCUACUGCAGUAGCACCAAUCUGUCAAACAAGCCCAGCAUCCUUGUGGAUAGCAUGUGCAGCCAAGAUCAGAAACCCAAAGCCCAGGAGACAUGUGUGCUGAGACGCUGCCCGAAAAAUGACAGACUGGAGUGGGUGACAUCAGCAUGGAGCGAGUGUUCAACAAGCUGUGGUCCAGGGGUUCAGAAAAGGGAACUGAAGUGUAGUGAGAAAGAAGCUCCCGGCAAAUACAUUGAAUUCCUCCAGAGAAGAUGUCGUAACUUACAGAAGCCCAUUGUGGAACUGGAGCAAGCCUGCAACAAGGGGUCCUGCUCAGGUCCAAGACUCCCUCCAGAACGGACCGUCAGUAUGGUUGUGUCAGGAUGGUAUUCGUCCCCUUGGCAACAGUGCACAGUGUCUUGUGGAGGAGGGGUGCAGACGCGGAGUGUGCAGUGUCUCAGGCAGGGCAGACCAUCAGGUGGGUGUCAGCAUCACCAGAGACCUACCACCUCCAGAGCCUGCAACACCAACUUCUGUCCGGCACCCAAGAGGAAAGAUGAUCAGUCCUGCAUUGACUUCUUCAGCUGGUGCCAUCUGGUUCCUCAGCAUGGUGUGUGCAACCACAAAUUCUAUGGACAGCAGUGCUGCAAAUCGUGUACCAGGAAGACACGGUAGCGAAUCACAUUUAAUUCUACAUUCACACCAACCAUUCUCUUUUUUCAGUCUGGAGUUUAUUCACUUAAAAACUCCAAAAGAGACAGUGUGUGGAAACCUGUUGGGGAAGCAGUACAUGGUAGACUGCAGCACAGACUUUGUCCUGGAGUACUUGACUGCUGCACCUAUCAAAACACUGCUCCAAAACUGGGUUCUAACAGAAUGCUAUGGAUGAUAGCGGUAUAAUGCACUGCUACUGGUGCUUGCAUUUGUCAGUGACUCAUUGAUCCCCUGCACGUUUGAGAACUGGAAAUAUGAGACUAUGUAGGAUUUCAUCUUUUAUGCUGAGAAGAGUGAUUUUGAAACCCUUUAACAAGUAAACUACAUAUUUCUGUAAUGGCUUUUCCUUUAGACCACACACUGUGGAUCAGUUAUGUUUAGACACCAUUUAUGAAUUGUCUUUGCUGAACAGGUUAAUUCUUGGAUUGUCCAGCAGUAUGCAGGGUAUAUGUUCAACUCGGUACUUGUAAUUUAUACAGCAUAUGACUGCUAAGUGUAAAUGCACUUAAUUAGAUAAUUUAUUUUUGUUGUGCUUGUUUUUGUAACAUAACUGUAUACACAGAAAACAAUGCUGACUGAGAAAUAGUGACAAGAGCCGUGUAACGCAACAUUAAAACACAUACAUACAAUAACAACAGUUUAGCAUGCCAAAAGUAAAAUGUUCAAUGCUAGGAUUAUUUUUCUUUAUUUCCUUUAGUUGGCUGUCCAUAUGUUUUCAUGUAUCAAGUUUUUAUGCUUUAUCAGAUGCACAUGAUUGCACAAUGAAGCAGUUAAAUAUUACUAUGCCUCAUUAGAUGCUGUUCAAGCAAUGAAUUCCCUAAAGUACUUCAUUCAUUGUUCAUGUUGUUUCAUUAAAAAACGUUGUACAUUUUGAUGUUGCCAAUAUGAGUAGUUGCCUUUUAGCCACACAUGUUUGACCUGAUAUGGGGAAAAAAGCUGACAGCAUUAGCGAUCCAGACCAACUACCGUACAAGCCAGGCUUCAUCCAACUGUAGUUUUCUGGAGUCUCAACAAUUGCUUUUUAUUGGACAAAGAUCUUUUUGUAAGUCAUGAUUAGCCAGCUCAGCACUAAUGUUGUACAGUGGGCAGUUAAGUUUAGGGGUUUGUCUUUCUUCAACCAAUUUAAUAUGGUCAUGUUUGCUUAAAGAUGAAUGAUGUGCAAACAGAUGCAGCAACGUUAUGUUUGGUCUUGGCAAUUUGUUUUUCUCCCAGUUUAUGUUUUGUACUCAUCUCAUUUAAGAUGAUCAUGUUUUGUAUGUUGGUCUACAUCCUCCUGUUUAUUGUUAAAAAAAAAAAAAAAAAAAAAGUAAUUUAUUGAUAUGUUUAGUGUCUCCUUAUGUUUGGAGUAAAUGUCCUGUAUCAAUGGCAAUACCCCUAACAACAUGAUUUAUUGUGAUUUUAUGUGGUUUCUUUUUGUCUUUUCACAAUAUGCUGUAAAAUAGCACCAUGUACUGUUAUGUGUCGUAUUUAAUUAUUUUUUAAAACUUUUAUAAUAAAAUGUUAUGACAUGUUUACACAUCGGCGAAUGUAACUCAUUCACUUCAAUGCAACAGAUGGCACAGAAGAAAUAUACAUAUCUGGCUUGUACAAUACAUAAUG